AUGGCUGCCGGCGCUCACGGAUCUGGGGCGAAAAAGGGCUCGAAAGGGGCCCGGGGCACCUUCCCCGGCCCGAACUCGAGGCGGGCAGAUCUGGCGCGCAACACCUUCUUCCCAGGACCCCUCCACGCCGGAGCGGACGGGCACCGCAGCUGCCGGCCGAGCCGCUCGCCGGAUCGGAGCCCACUCGCGCCGCCAUCACCUUCACCAGCCCGCCAGGGCUCGAGCUCUCACCACCCGCGCCGGAGCCGCUCCAAGGAGCCGCCUCCGCCACGAGCACGCCAUGGAUGCGCCAUCACCACACCGAGGUCGGAGCUCUGCGCCGCCGCGCCCGCCGCCCAGCGCGACGCCCUCACUGGCCGCCACGGCCCGCGCCACGGCCACCGCGCGAGGGGGUAG